UGUUGUUAGAAAUACUAUUAUAAAAGAGUAAAGAUGUCAGGAUUUUAUAGUCUUACCACUUCCAGUCAUGAACACUGGUCUUACUCUUCAAGUACAGAAAAUAUAUCAGUCUUCAAUGAUUACUAAUCCUCUUCAAAGUUUGGGUGAGAUUCGCAAUGGAGGAAUGAUCCCACGUCUGUGGUUGCUACACUUAUAGAUAUCUUGGAUCACACCUCAAAAAUGGCUAUCUAACUAAUUGGUUUUUAAUCACUUGCCAACAUGCUCCAGCUGUUGGCGUUUAGAUGUGCUGUCUCCUGUCUCUUCUUUUUCUACAUCUACUACAGCAACCUCCACUCCUUGGAGCUGGUUGGUCUCAUAUUACCUCUUCUCAAGAACUUCUUACUCAUCUCUUCUUUUGUCACUUACUCACUACUAUUCUAAUCUUCCCACCCCAGACUGCUGGCCAUCUGGUGGGAUCUAGCACCAAUUGGUUAUUUUCUACAUAAUACAUGACACACACGCACACAUUUUUGUAUUAGUUCCAUCUAAGAUUGUUUUUUUUUAAUUCCAGGACAGCCGGGUUGAAAAAUGGAAUUCUACCAAAUGUCAUCCUUUGACAGUGUUAAAUGAAAUACAACCAGUGUGGAGUAUUACAUUUGUCUGAAGGUAACAAUGUGAUGUAAGACUUGUAUACAUACCUACAACAGACAAAUAUAUGUGAUACUGACAUUAGAGAGUGUUUAUUGUCUUGUGCUUAUCUUAACACAAAAACCAGUUUGUUGAAGCAAGCCCAUGACCAAUGAAACAUUUGAGAAUGUUCUGCGUUUGAUAUCAACUGAUUCAGCUUGAGAAAAAUAUUUUUCUGGAAUUAUUGAAAAAAAUCCGUUUUUUUAUUUUAAAUGUUUUGGUAGAAAAGUAAUACAGAAAUUUCUGUUUGUCUCUUCAAUAUGGUUUAAUGACAAUGCUAGAGACAGAAGACAAACCUGUCAGUAGAUGUGACGAUUCUAAAAACUCAGACCUAAUUUCUAAUAAACAGAUUCGCGAUGGAGAUAAAGUAUACAAAUGCGGAAAUUGUGGUAAAGCAUUUUCCAAGAGUUCCAGCCUGUUGGAUCAUGAACGCAUUCAUACAGGUGAGAAACCGUAUCAAUGUGGAAUCUGUGGAAAGGCCUUUUCUCGAAAUAGUACUUUAACAGAUCACACGCGUAUCCACACUGGGGAAAAGCCAUACUCUUGUGAAAUCUGUGGUAAAGCAUUUUCAAGUAGCAGUAGUGUAUCUGAUCAUAAACGGAUUCACUCAGGAGAAACACCAUACUACUGUGAAAUCUGUGGGAAGGGAUUUGCUUUCACUAGUAAAUUAUCUCGUCAUGUUCGUAUUCACACAGGAGAAAAACCAUAUCAUUGUGAAUUUUGUGGGAGGUCAUUUUCGUGUAGAAGUACUUUACUAUGUCACAAACGCAUUCACACAGGAGAGAAACCGUACCAAUGUGAAAUCUGUGGGAAAGCCUUUUCAGCUAGUAGUAAACUGUCUCUUCAUGUACGUGUUCACACUGGAGAAAAACCAUACUUUUGUGAUAUUUGUUGGAAAACAUUUUCCCGUAGCAGUAUGUUAACAGACCACAGGCGUGUUCACAAUGGUGAAAAGCCAUAUCACUGUGAUAUUUGUGGGAAAUCAUUUUCUUCUAAUGGUAAAUUCUCCUGCCACAAACGUGUUCAUUCAGGAGAAAAGCAAUACCAGUGCAAAAUCUGCGGCAAAUCAUUCUCUUUUAACAAUCACCUGACUGAUCAUAUACGCAUUCACACUGGGGAAAAGCCUUAUCAGUGUGAGUUUUGUGGAAAAGUGUUUGCUUGUCGCAGUAACUUAUCAGAACACAGACGUAUUCAUACAGGAGAGAAACCAUUCUCUUGUGAAUUUUGUGGUAAGGCAUUUUCUAGGAAUAGAAAUUUAGCUCGUCAUUAUCGUAUUCACACAGAAAAGUGACCAUACCAGUAUAAAAUUUAUAACAACAAAUUAAUAAUCAUAAGAUCCGGUGGUUUAUUUGAAAUAUUGAAGUAGUGGAAUAUUGUUAUUAAAAUAUUAAAAAAAGAACAGUGAUAAAUCUCACCAUAAAGCUAAAGAAUUAGAAAAAUAAUUUUAUUUAAUGUUUCAUCUUCAAUUCUUCAUUGUGUGUCUUCAUUAUGGUUUAUUAAUUACAUCUUUAUAUCAAAACAUCUUAGAUUUGAAGAGGAUGUUAACAUUCUUGAAUUUUGCAAUUAUGCAUCUUGAAUGUUCAAAAAUUGUUAUGAUUGUGUAAAUAUUAUUGGUUUCAAUUAUUAAUAUAAGCAAUUAUAUCAUCAAAGAUAUAAUUGAGACUCUAGUAGACAGACAGAAAAUAUAAUUAGCUACAUGAAAUUAAUCUGGAAAGAUUCUCAAAUAUUCUUUCUCAAACACUAUCUAAUGUAAAACACAACUUCAUUAAUAAACUUUCGACCCAAAUUUAUAUAAACACAAAAACUGAAUUCUUUGACAAGAGAUUGGAACUAAUUGUUAUGCAAUGAAUUACCUUUUAAAAUGAAAUUUCAGUUUUAAGUAAUACUUCCUAGAGUCAUAGGUAAUGCUAAUUAUGUUACUUAUACAAGUAUCGUUACACUCUUCAUCUACCAGUAAUGAAUUUGAUGAGAAGCUGCAUCACCUCAAGUUUAUACUAUUUGAAAUGUUGAAUAAACAUUCUACUUGCAAUUUUGAAUAAAUAUUCUGCCAAAACCUCUAA